CACCUGAGGUCGGUCGGUCGGCCCAGUCGAGACUCAGACACGGCAGGUCCGUGUCCGCAGUGAUCGGUGCGUCUGUCGUCGGACGGACACGGAGGAUCGGUCGGUCGCUCACGGACGCAGUCGAUGCUGCAGGUGGCGCCGCCGCAGGUCAUGGCGCCGGAGAACAGGAGGAACGGCGCGGCGCCGCACGCUAACGGCGCCGCCGACAUCACCAUCCAGACCAAACCCUUCCCCGUCAGGGGCGAGCGGGCCAACUACGUGAACAGCCCGCACGUGAUCGCGAUGGUGGGGCUGCCGGCCAGGGGCAAAACCUACAUCUCCAAGAAGCUGUCGCGCUACCUCAACUGGAUCGGCAUCAACACCAAAGUUUUCAACUUGGGCGAGUACCGGCGACACGCGACGAGCGCGUACAAGAGCCACGAGUUUUUCCGUCCGGACAACAAAGAGGCGAUGGCGAUCCGGACGCAGUGCGCCCUGGACGCCCUCAAUGACGUGUGCGCGUGGCUCGAGAACGGCGGCGAGGUCGCGGUUUUCGACGCGACCAACUCGACGCGCGACCGGCGCCAGCUCAUCCACAACAUCGUGGUGGAGAAAAUGGGCUUCAAGUUGUUCUUCGUCGAGUCGGUGUGCGACGACCCGACCCUGAUCGAGCAGAACAUCAUGGAGGUCAAGGUCAGCAGCCCCGACUACCGCAACAUGAACGCCGAGGCGGUGCUCAACGACUUCCUGCUGCGCAUCGAGCACUACAAGGAAAAGUACGAGCCCCUCGAGGAGGCGCUCGAGGCCGACCUCAGCUUCAUGAAGAUCUACAACACAGGUGAGAAGGUGGUGGUGCACAAGCACGAGGGCCACAUCCAGAGCAGGAUUGUCUACUACCUGAUGAACAUCCACAUCGUGCCCAGGACCAUCUACCUGACCAGGCACGGGGAGAGCGAGCAGAACCUGGAGGGCCGUAUCGGCGGAGACUCGGACCUGUCUGCGCGCGGCCGGCAGUACGCCAACGCCCUGUCGCAGUUCAUCUGCUCGCAGAACAUCCCCCACCUGCGCGUGUGGACCUCGUGGCUCAAGCGCACCAUCCAGACCGUGGCUGGCAUCCCCGCGCCCCAGGAACGCUGGAAAGCCCUCAACGAAAUUGACGCUGGCAUCUGCGAGGAGAUGACGUACGAGGAGAUCGCGCUCAAGUACCCUGAGGACUUUGCGGCGCGCGACCAGAACAAGUUCACGUACCGGUACCCGCGGGGCGAGAGCUACGAGGACCUGGUGGCGCGGCUCGAGCCGGUCAUCAUGGAGCUCGAGCGGCAGGGCAACGUGCUUGUGGUCAGCCACCAGGCCGUCAUCCGCUGCCUGCUCGCCUACUUCACCGACAAGUCCUCCGAACUCGACCGGCGCAACGGAAACUGCAACCAGGAUGAUCACGAAGGCGUGCCCGACGCGCUCGACGAGCUGCCGUACCUGGAGGUGCCGCUGCACACGGUCAUCAAGUUGACGCCGGUGGCGUACGGCUGCCGCAUGGAAUUGGUCAAGCUGCCCAUCGAGGCCGUCGACACGCACCGCCCCAAGCCCCAGGUCCCAGGCACCUUAGACGAAAAGUUCAAGGUGAAAGGCGCGGCCUGAGGCGCGGGUUUGUGGUGGCAAAGAAAUAAGAGCUUUUGUUUAGAGUUUGAUUUGAAAAUGGUUUGGCCCGCUUUGCUUGAUCGCUUUGCUCGGACACGCCGAGACUGACCCGUGUGCUUUCAGCAGGGCUGGACCCAGCAGGACUAAGCCGCAGUGCCAAACCAUCAGAGACAUUCGCCUCCACCGAGAGUGACAAUAAUAUUUAAGUUAAGCAGCUGCUGAGAUGGACACCCGACCUUGCUACUGUGAUAUAAUUAAUUGAGAUUGUGAACCUAAGUUGGAUAGUUCCAGUGGCGGCAGGAUCGCUCUUCUUCUCUCACACACACUCCUGGAUUUUAUUCUGUUUUUAUUUGUUGAAACGAAGAGAAAUAUGAAUUGACGACGUUUUGAAAACUUCAGAUUUUUCGGACCCAUGAUUGUCUUUGUUAAGUGGACACGUCGUUUUGUUAUCGUAAAAGCGAAAAUAAACCAAAUAUCAAUUCGCAUUA